AGAGAAAGGGUUUUCAUUCCUGAGGAAACCACAUCGGUAACAAUAAGCCUCUUCACAGCUCAGUCUGUCUGAAUCAUGGGGAGAUGGUUUGAUCAUUAGUGGGAUUUAACACAGAGCCAUAGCCAUGUCAUUUUUUACUGUGCACAGUAUCAGAGUCAGCUGGACAGUGAUUCUGUUGGUGGGAUAUUUUGUUUACUUGUUCCUGGGAGCUGCAGUAUUCCAAAUGUUGGAAAAGCAGGCAGAGACUCAUACCCGGAGUAACUUCCAACUGGAAAAGCUCAAAUUCCUUACAAACUACAGUUGCCUGGAUGGACCAGCUCUGGAACGCUUUGUUGAGAUCAUUAUAGAUGCCUGGGACAAAGGUAUAAACCCUACAGGAAACUCCACAAAUCCAAGCAACUGGGACUUCAGCAGUUCAUUUUUCUUCGCAGGAACUGUGGUGACUACAAUAGGCUUUGGUAACCUGUCUCCCAGUACUGUAGGAGGUCAAGUUUUCUGUGUGUUCUAUGCGAUAUUUGGAGUGCCUUUGAAUCUCUGCUUCCUCAACUACCUUGGGAGAAGUCUGAAUGGCCACUUACAGAGGCUGGAGAGAAGCACUCAGAAAUCAAGUAACUGCAAGCAAGUGAUGAAGAUUUUCACAAUGGCUUUCUUCUUGAUUUUUGGCACGGUGCUGUUUCUGGUCUUCCCACCAUUGGUCUUCAGUCAUGUAGAAGGCUGGACAUAUGGAGAAAGCUUUUACUUUGCCUUCAUUGCUCUGAGCACCAUUGGAUUCGGAGAUUACGUUGUAGGCACAGAUCCAGACAAGCACUACAUCUCCAUCUACAGAAGCCUGGCUGGUCUCUGGAUAGUCAUUGGCUUGGCUUGGUUGACACUGCUCUUCAAUGUGGGAAGCAGAAUACUGGAACGGAUCUUUCAACUGAAGUUUCACAGGAAAAAGUCAAACCUCGAGAUGUUGCCUGACCUACUGAGUUCGUCCAGCAUGCUUUGUGCUUGUUUAAGGUUCAUUGUGUUGGCGCCAGAGUAGAGGGACCAUCUUAUGAGGAGAGAAUCAGCAG